AUAAAGAGAGGCCCAAAUCAAAUGCAGCUGGAGGACGCAGAAAGAAGGGGCGCGAUUGGGGUCGAUUUCAAAAAGGACGGCCGGAGCUCUGCCUCUUCAUCGAGGCGAAGCCGCCGAGCGCAUCCUCCGCCCUCCUCCUUCUUCCCUGUUCCUCUUAUCUCUCCGUUGAGCACAGAUCUCUGCCCUUAUUCUGUGUCUCUUGCAUAGUAGAAGAGGAGUGGAGGAGAGUAAAGGGGGUGGCUUUUUUCUUGUUUUUUUUUUCCCUUCUCCGAUCUUCUAUGGACGGUGGCGACCGUCCUCGCUUGCUAAUCAACCACGCGGGCGCCACAGACGCGAAGACUGAACUGGAAAAGAAGCAGAAGAGGCAUUCGACGGUCAACAAUCAGUCAAGGAAGGGGUUGUCGGAUAUCUCCAACACCAUGGGUUCUGACGGAAAUGGAAAUGGCCGCCCAUCCCAAACUGAUGGGGAUAAAGAAAACAUAAAGCUGAUGCCUUCUCCAAGAUUCAAGGACCACGUCGCUCAGUUGGUGACGGAAAAUAAUGCUUUGUUGAAGGCGGUAGCAGAACGGAAUGAGAUGAUACGGUUGACCAACAUAGAGCUGCAGAAGCGCAGCAUCCAGUGCCAGAAACUUGAGCUCCAAUUGCAGAAAGCCAAUCAACAAAACUGGGAACUUGCAAGAGCUAACUCUCAGAUGCUAGGGGAGCUUAACUUAGGAAAAGACAGACUAAAACAAUUGCAACAUGAGCUUGGUUGUGCAAGAUCAACCAUUCAAUUGAAGUAUUUGGAGAUUGAGGAGAGAGAGAAGUCAAAAAAGAAAGAAUCUCAUCAGAAUGCCAAUACCAAGGAGGGAGGAACUGAUCACGAUGAAGCUGCUAAAGGUGCAUGUCAUACAACAAUAGAAAAGAAGAUCUGCAACACAAAUAAGCGCAAGUUAAAAGCACAAUCUUUAGGCACAACUAACCUGACCCAAUCAGUACAAUCAGAAGAACAGGUGGAUGGAAGAAGGAGGUCCUUGCGAAGAAGAUCAGUUCAUUCUAUUCCUGAAUCACAGCAACCUGUGGAGAGUUUGCAUGAUGUCAAGGAUAUUGAAAUUGGUGUUCAGUCAAUUACUGAACUAUCAUAUUAUGAAACUGUUGAGCUGGACUCUUCCAGUUCACAAGGUCAUACUGAUCAAGUAAAGAAGGAAGAAGAGGAUUUGAGUGGCUUGCCACAUUUUUCGAAUGAAGAACAUACCAAGGAGGGAGGAACUGAUCACGAUGAAGCUGCUAAAGGUGCAUGUCAUACAACAAUAGAAAAGAAGAUCUGCAACACAAAUAAGCGCAAGUUAAAAGCACAAUCUUUAGUCACUACUAGCCUGACCCAAUCAGUACAAUUAGAAGAAAAGGUGGAUGGAAGAAGGAGGUCCUUACGAAGGUCAGUUCAUUCUACUCCUGAAUCACAGCAACCUGUGGAGAGUUUGCAUGAUGUUAAGGAUAUUGAAAUUGGUGUUCAGUCAAUAACUGAACUAUCGCAUAAUGAAAUUGUUGAGCUGGACUCUUCCAGUUCACAAGGUCAUACUGAUCAAGUAAAGAAGGAAGACGAGGAUUUGAGUGGCUUGCUACACUUUUCCAAUGAAGAACAUGGGAGAUCUUCAGUUGGAAGACCACUGAGAAGGGCAGCUAAGAAGGUCGCUUCUUAUAAGGAAAUGUCACGUAAAUUUAAAAUGCGUAGAGAGGAAUGAGGUCUGACGGUGUUAAACUUCCAUUUAGCCACGCCCACAAUGAGAUAAGUGGGAUAUCUUGGCAGUUAGUAUUCAUGGUCUCACUUUCCAUGUUCAGUGUGUGCUUACGAAGAUUCGAACUGAGUUUUUAGCCCCGACAGUUGGUAUUUUAGCUAGUUAUUUGUUACUA